AAAUGCAUGGGUGAAAGAGACCUAAACAUAAUCGUUGAAUGAAGUUCCAAAGUUUGGGUUAAAAGCACGGCCGUCGCAAAUGAAGUGGUCAGGAUCAGAUUUUUUUGAAGCAUGCAAUGUGACGUCCAUGGGAAAUUGCGCCAUGCGUCGCCCUUUCUCUUUCCUUCCUUCAACUUGUGCCCAGUUCCUCGAUCCUUCCGUGUUUAUCAAUUGACUUGGAUUUCCAGCAAUUUGGUCUUUGGGGCAAUAAGGAAUGAAUCACAAUGACCAUUGCUGUCACGCUCGCCUAGGAAAAUAAAAAUACUAGACACGUUUCUUAUCGCCUUCAUUCAUGACGCCCGUCAAAACGCCGUUUUUCGAGGACAAAACCAACCAGAAUGCGGCCAUUGCCUGGUUGAGAUUCAAGAAUGUAUUGGGUCUUAUGCAGCUCAAAGGAAUGGUGGAUAAACAAAACCUCCUUUCUAGCAAAGGUCAAAUUGAAGGAGGAGGAGGAGGAGGAGGAGGAGGCAAGAGGGACUUAACGCUUUUACUAAGUGAUGAGAUUUUACUAAGGAUUGUCGACAAAUUAUUAUCCGAAGAAUCAUCAUUAUGUUCAUUCUCUGUUGUGUGUCACAGAUGGCUGCGCUUGCAGGGACUCCGCCGACAUAGCAUCAAGCUACAGGACUGGGACUUUUUAGCCCAAGGUCGCAUGAUAUCCAGAUUCCCCAACCUCACCGACGUGGAUUUGACCCGGGCCUGUAUCCUUGCACCCCAAAACGCCUGCAUAGUCCUCACACAUGGUUCCUUAACAAUCCCCCUUGACGGUUCAGAGGAUUCUUUCGACGGCUGGGAGGACAGGCUAUUAGACCCCUCUUCAUAUGACCGGGGGCUGCAGCUCCUGGCACAAGGAUGCCCCGGUUUGCAGAAGCUCUCUGUUAUAGAUGUUACGACGGAUGUUUCCCUAGGGGAUUCGAACUCGGAACCUAAAGGCUUACAUGCUGGCCUUGCACGUAUAGCCCACAAUUGCACGAUGCUGCAGGAGCUCGAGCUGUAUCGGUGUACUGACGAGUCUCUGAGAGCAAUUUCUGUGUGCAAAAAUCUGCAGAUCUUGCGGCUUGUAGGGUCUGCGGAUGGCGUUUUUCAUCGGGGUAUAAUAAGUGAUAUUGGCCUGACCAUCUUGGCUCGCGGGUGUAGCAGGCUGGUUAAACUGGAGUUAAGUGGGUGCCAGGGUUCCUAUGAUGGGAUUGCUGCAAUUGGGCGGUGCUGUUUUAUGCUGGAGGAGUUGACCCUCUCUAACCAUAAUUUGGAUGAGGGUUGGAUUGCAAGCCUCUCGUUUUGCAACAAUUUGAAGACCCUUAGGCUUCAAGGCUGUAGGAGGAUUGACUCUAAUCCUGGUCCGGUUGAGCAUUUGGGUUGUUGCCCUGCACUUGAGACACUGCAGCUGCAGCGGUGUAAUAUGAGUGACAGGCAGGGCUCAGCUGCCCUGAUGCUGGUUUGCUCGGCUGCGAAAGAGCUUGAAUUCCAAUAUUGUUGGGGCCUGGACGACGACAUCUUCAGCCUUGUCAUGAAUUGCAGGAGAAUAAAAUAUCUGUCUCUGGAGGGGUGCUCUCUGCUAACCACUGGGGGUCUGGAGGCUGUUGUCCUUGUUUGGAAGGACCUUCAACAUCUUCAAGUUGUCUCUUGUAACAACAUUAGGGAUGCCGAGAUAACCCCUUCUUUAGCUAGCUUAUUCUCAGUUCUGAAAGAAUUGAAGUGGCGACCAGACACUAAGUCUGUUCUUUCAGCUAGUCUUACUGGUACAGGAAUGGGACAAAAGAGGGGGAGGUUUUUUAAAAAAUAAUGAAAGGAUGUAGGAGGCGAGAUGACACUUUGAUUCUGUCAAUAACCUACCUAUUUUGUAUCUUUUCUGGAAAUCAAAGAGAGUUAUUCAAGGUCUUUUGGUGAGCAGUAGCUGUUUAUUCUUGCUUAACUGACUUGGAAACUGUCGGCAACAAUUUGACAAGCGAUCAGCUGAUAGUUGAUUAUUUGAGACUUCUCAAAGUUAUAAUGCAUCUCUGAUGCCACGGAUGAGUACAAUACUAGAAAAUCAAGCAGCUUCUCUAUUUUGAUGUCCUUGAGUGUACAUUAUAUAUAGCCAAUGCUGUGCUGAAUUCUGCAUUCAGAGCAGUGCAGCUGAUUUAUCCGAUCCUUUUGUUAUUUGAAAUUUAUUUACAAAGAUAACUCUUGCGAGUUGUCUUAAUGGUACAUGUCUAUAGCCAUUUUUUGUUUGAUUAAAGAUUGUAUUUCCUUGUACUUGACCUACAUUGUUAGGAUCAAAAUUGAAAUCAAUUAACAUAAUUCAGAGCAGUGCAGCUGAUUUAUCCGA